AUGAACAUUCCCAAUCCCAUACUCAUCCUAAUCUGUUUCCAUUUCCUGUUCAACCCUCAUCAAACACAAACACUAGCACAAUCAACCACAGAAACAUGUUUAGACAGUGUUUGCCACACAAACCAACCACUAAUCCGAUUCCCAUUCUACAUAGAAACAAAACAAGCAAACAACACAUGUGGCUACCCAGGUUUCAAACUACUAUGCAAUAACAAAAAUGAAAAAAACCAAACACUCCUCAAUCUACCUUACAUGGAAGAACUCAACAUCCAAAAAAUAAACUAUGCAACACAAGAGCUUUUCGUGAAUGAUCCCAAUAACUGUCUCCCAAAACGACUUCUCUCACUGAACCUCUCUGCUUCUCCAUUCCAUGCCGUUUACUAUCAACAAUUCACCUUUUUUAACUGUUCCUUUGAUUUGAACUAUCUCACAUCUCGUUACAAACCGAUAGCUUGUUUAAGUGAUUCUUCCAAGUACAAUAUUUUUGCAACACCGUCGCGCACGGUGCUUUUGCACUUGUCGUCUGUUUGUGACAUGGUUGACACCGUGAACGUGCCGGUCCAAUCGCCGUUUUAUGAUCAUGUGUUGUCGUCUGAACUCAACGACGAUCUUCGGUUGUCGUGGAAUUCGCCGUCGUGUGGUAGAUGUGAGUCUCAGGGUGGAAGAUGUGGUUUUCAAGAUAACUCCACUCAUGAAAUUGCUUGUUACAAUGUCCCUCCAAGACAAGGGAUUUCCUAUGGUACAAGUUACGCCAUAGCCAUAUGUUUUGGAGUACCAACACUGUUAUGCUUCAUUUCGUUAUUGAGCUGGAUAUGCAGCAAGUUCAGAUUUGGGAUCCAUGGUUGGACUCUGGCUAGUGAGACAGUGGAAGAUUUUGAGUCUCUUCUUGAUCCACAACAUGAUACCACCAUUUUGGGUCUUGAUAAACCAACAAUUGAAUCUUACCCUAAAAUAGUUAUAGGUGAUGAUGGCAUUCACUUACCAAGACCUAAUGACAAGACAUGCUCAAUAUGUUUGUCUGAGUAUAUGCCUAAAGAGACGGUGAAAACUAUGCCUGAGUGUGAACAUUGCUUUCAUGCGCAAUGCAUUGAUGAAUGGCUUCCGCUGAAUGCGUCGUGUCCGAUAUGUCGAACUUCUCCUCCAUGGUUACCAUCACAAAAUCUGGCUCAAUCAUGA